CGUCCUUAACGAGCCCGAGAACAGCGGUUCCGAGAGCCCGCGGGCGCGCGGACUACAACUCCCGGCAUGCUCUGGGGCGGCGGAGUUAACCCCUCAGGGCCCGCGGCCGCCCAGUGCCCCGCCUCCGUCCCUCACCUGGAUCCUGCAGGAGAUGGGUGCCCCCAUCGGCACACUGUCCUCUGGCCACCCGACACCAUGCCUCCCAAGAAGGAUGUUCCCGUGAAGAAACCAGCCGGACCCCCUCUCGCCAAGACUGCUCCCAAGCCGGCAGCGGGGGCUCCCCCAGCCAAGUCCAAGGCUGAGCCAGCGGCAGCGGCCCCUUCAGGCCCCGAGAAAACCUGGGAGCCCCCCAUGGAUCUCUCCAAAGUGGUGAUCCAGUUUAACAAGGACCAGCUGGAGGAGUUCAAGGAGGCCUUUGAGUUGUUUGACCGAGUGGGGGAUGGCAAGAUCCUGUACAGCCAGUGUGGAGACUUGAUGAGGGCCCUAGGCCAGAACCCCACCAACGCCGAGGUCCUCAAGAUUCUGGGGAACCCCAAGAGCGAUGAGCUGAAGUCCCGGCGUGUGGACUUCGAGACCUUCCUGCCCAUGCUCCAGGCCGUGUCCAAGAACCGCGACCAAGGCACCUACGAAGACUACCUGGAGGGGCUCCGAGUGUUCGACAAAGAAGGGAACGGCAAGGUCAUGGGAGCGGAGCUCAGACAUGUCCUCACCACCCUGGGAGAGAAGAUGACUGAAGAGGAGGUGGAGACAGUUCUAGCAGGACAUGAGGACAGCAAUGGCUGCAUCAACUAUGAAGCCUUCCUGAAGCACAUCCUCAGCGUGUGAGCUCCAGAUGCCGUGGGGUCGGACACCGGUCCUCCCGCAGGCGGAAGCAUGUUCCUACCACUAGGAGGCCACCUAUUGUUUCAAAAUAAAGACACGGUUCCUCCC